AUGGCAUCACCUAAAUCACGAUCGCAGACUAGUGCUGAUCAUAUCGAAGAGUCCAAUACUACUGCCAGUCUGUUUUUAGGCGGCGUGCGGAGAAACUGGAUGGGCCCGCAGACUGAUGCUCCGGAGAAAUCGGCUACGCGAAAUCCUCGCGUUGAGGUUGACCUUGAAGUGCCUCCCAACUCCACUUCCCGUGAACCUGUCUUAAUGUCCCCCGUCACGCCUGGCGAGACCCUUACUCAACCUCCCUCGCGUGGUCCUGUUCAUACGGCAAAAAAACCCGAUACGCGAGCGACCGCGCUUCCCUCACCUGUGCUCAGUACAAAUUCUCACCCAAGUCCUGCGAGCGCCGAUGCGACAGUUUCAAAUAGACUCUCCACGUUGCCCCCCAUCUCUACACAACUGACAGCACAGCGCGGCAAUGAUGAGCGUAUGGCGGUCCAACAGGCUCCUCUCAGCGGGCAUGCCACGUCACAACGCGCGACCCAGUCCCCUCUAAUGCAACCCAACCGGUCCACGAAUUCGCCCUUGGUCACAGGAACACAAAAGGGCGCUAGAAUACAAGAACAGACAGUCUCAGCCCCACGACCUAGUCCGCAGCAGAAUCAGCAGAGUCAGCAGAAUUGGGGAGUAUGGAAAUUGAUCCCCAAUGAGACAUGGGAACAAUGGUCUGCUCAGUUGGAUGCCUUGAUAGAAGACCUAUCCGCAGAGGGAGCAGUACCUCCUGCUCAUUCGAGAGAGUGGGAUAUUAUGCGGCCUCGGAUUGACCUAUUGCGCCAGGCCAUUAGUCAUAAGGACGCUUUUUAUCUGGUGAUGCACCAAUUAUACUGCCGAUAUAGCAUUGAUCCAACUACAUUGAGUCAAAUUAGAGCCACUGAAUCGGGCAUGCGAUCACUCAUGGAUCUUCUGGAAGACAAUAGAAAGAUGCAUAAUGCCGCUAUCAUUGGGUUUGCCCAUUUCCCGGCAUCUCCACAACAGUUGAUGCAAACAGAGUGGUACCUCCAGGUGCUGCCCGGUGUUCCUGUGUUCUUAUCACAACUUGCAACCAAAUGGCUGGACAUCUGGAGGCAGGCCUGCCAUCCCCCGUUGGUGUCUUAUCUUUGGUACACUCUUGCUUGUCCAUCUCCAAUUUUGAUGUCGGUGAUGUUUAUGUGUGUUGCACGGGGCAUUCACGACGAGGAUUAUGUCAAACCCCUUCUGGAGUUGUUUUGGACCGAUUUAAAGGUUUUCUGCCAGUGUAGGGAUUUUGGACUCCCCGAGACCACUCAGCAGGCUCAUAACUGGAAGAUCACCCAAGAGUAUCUCAAAUUCCCACGUUUGCCUAAAGAUCUAUCCCACACACCAUCUUCCUCUCACUCUGCAUCUCCUCCCAGGCCUCAGAAUCAAAACACGUCUCAGGCCGCCGUACGAGUGCCGUCACCCCAUCCCAGAUCUUCGAUCAGUCGUGUCAGUCAAUCUGCCACUAAUUCACCUGCUCUGAGUCCACUUGGCGCACCUUUGCAGAAUUUCUCCUCAAAUUCACCCCAGGGGCAGGUUGUUGGUCCAGCUGCUGGGUCCUAUCAAUUUGGCGUAAACUCACAGAUGCAGAAUACCCCACAAACUCUUUAUUACAACCCCAUGUCACAGGGACAAGCACAAGGACAGGUUCAGGGUCAAGGUCAGGGACAAGGACCGUGGUAUCCGGUGAAUUCACAUAUGGUUCCACACAUGAAUCCACAGAUGAAUCCACAGAUGCAAAUGCACAUGCAGGCAGCUCUUGGACAGAUAGCACCUUCUCAGAGGCACCGAUCAACACCGGGAUCACAUGGCCAGCAAAUGCAGCCUCGAAUAUUGAUGCCUGGGACUUCAGGAGCGCCUACUAACCCUUCCUCCACCACCUCCCUCCAAUCGAGUGCUUUCACCUCUACACAGUCAGUGCACUCAUACCAUGCUCCAUCGCCCAUAUCCACAACCCCGACUACAACAAACCAUAUGGCCCAGCACCCGAUGCCACCACAGAGGCCCAAUAAUUAUCACAACCGACAGAAUUCGAUGAAUGCGCAGUCAUCUGCUUCGCCGAUCACGCGUGCGCCUCAUGGACAUCAUUUCCAGCCUUUACCUAACUCUGCUUUCCUCCCGUUACCUGGCUACAGGGCACCCAUGAUGGUGAAUCCAAACCCAACGCGUCUCGGCCUACAUCUGGUUGGUCUCCGCGAUCCCAUGAAGAGGCUAGUGAAGCAGGGUCCAGAUGGCAAUGACAUUGAGACUGAUUUGUUUACCUAUCUCGAUGCCUUCAUUGUACACCCAACCGUCGUCGACGUUGACCAGCCGAUCUACAAGUGGAAUUUCUCUUUGGGUGAUGAGCUCCAAAAGUUCCCACACAUAGCUCACGGGAAAGAGACACAAUUCUCGGUUUGGACCUUUAGGCCCGGGUGCCGGACUAUUCGCCUGCGAUGCAUUCGUCUUCCUGGCAAUCCGGAUACUGUGACGGAGCAGACCUGGUCCACCGCGCCUACUUUCUGGCCCAGUGUCUUUUACAUUUCUGUUAAUGGUAAAGAGCUCUAUGUGCGCCGAAAGGUUCACAACGGAAAGGAUUUACCUCUAGACAUCACCGAGCACCUCCAUGCAGGUGAAAAUAACGUACGACUCGAUAUCAUCCUAGGACAGGAUGAGUGCAAGACCUCGAAGUUCGUUUUUGGAGUGGAGGCCAUGGAGGUUGCCGAGUUUGAUCAGAUACUCAAUCUGAUCAAGUCGGUUCCAGCGGCUGACUCUCGUGCGGCAAUCAAGAAGCGACUUUCUCCCAUAACCGAUGAUGAUGAUGAUGAUGAUUUGGCGGUGGUGACAGAUAACCUCACAAUUGACCUAGUGGACCCAUUUAUGGCACGCAUCUUCGAUGUCCCUGCCCGGUCACUCCACUGCAAUCAUCAUGAAUGCUUUGACCGUGACACCUUCAUCAGAACCAGGAAUUCCACAUCCGGCCAGACACCGAUGGUCGAUAACUGGCGCUGCCCGAUUUGCAAGGGAGAUGCACGCCCACAGUUCCUGGUUGUUGAUCAGUUCCUUGCUGAGAUCCAUGCCGAGCUCACCCGCACGAACCGACUUGACGGGAUCAGAGCAAUCCAAAUCAAAGUUGACGGCACCUGGACCUUCAAGUACGACACCGACGAGAUCUCUCCCGGGCCAGAUCACCCCUUCUCUGCAAAGCGCAAGGCUGAAGACUCUUUGGGCCCUGUUGCCAUGCGCCCUAGGAACGACGUGUUUAAUGAUCGUCGCAGUCCGGCUGUUCGGACCCAAGAACAUACAGUCAUUGAAUUGGACUAA